AUGGCAGACCCACUAGCCCUCGCUCCCCUCCUCCGCUGCCCCGUCUGCCACGACACCCAGCGCGCUCCGACCACCCUCCACUGCGGCCACUCCCUCUGCCACCACCACCUCGACGCCCCUUCCUCCUCCUGUCCCGUCGCUGCCUAUGUCACCCUCAACAAAGUCAUCGCCCUCAUAGACCGCACCACCGCCCGUCUCGACGAUUUGCAGACUCCGGACACGGAUGCACGCGAAGAUGACGACGACGACGACGAUCCCGUUCCGUCCACCUCCGCUCGCACGCUCGACCGUCGCAACUCCGGCCCUCGUCCCCGCAAGCGUCAUAAACACUCCCACAACUCCACAGACGAAGAUGACGACGAGCCAGACCUCCUCUCCCACCUCCGCUCAACCGCAGCACGCGACCGCCUCGUCCCCCGCGACAUCCCUCUCAUCCCCUCCCACCCUCCCACCCCACCACCCGCCUCGCGCGACACCGUUCUCGCAGAAUUUGACAAGAAGCUUCUCGACGAACUCACUUGUCACAUAUGCUACCUCCUCUUCUAUCAGCCCGUUACUACCCCCUGCCAGCACACCUACUGUGCCAAAUGCCUUCAACGCUCCCUCGACCACAGCACUACCUGUCCGAUAUGCAGACAAGACCUUCCGAGCUACUUCUUUCAGGACCAACCCGUCAACCGCACUAUUCUGGCUAUUAUUCUUAAAGCCUAUUCACUGCUCUACCAAGAGCGCGGAGCAGCCAUCGAGGAAGAAGAGCGCCACGCCCGACUCAACACUCCCAUCUUCGUCUCCCACCUAACCUUCCCCGGCAUGCCAACCUUCCUCCACUUCUUCGAGCCCAGAUACCGUCUCAUGCUCCGGCGGUGUCUCGAGACGUCCAACCCGCGCUUCGGCAUGAUCAUGACCUCAAAGGCCGGCUCGCCCAACACGGACUAUGGCACAAUUUUGGAGAUCCGCAGCGUGCAGAUGCUCCCGGACGGCCGGAGUAUGGUCGAGACGUGGGGUUCGACGCGCUUUCGCAUACUGGAGCGGGGUAGUUUGGACGGGUACAUGGUCGGGCGGAUCGAGAGCAUCUAUGACUAUCCCGACGACAUUAGUGAGACGCUCGUCUUGGAUGACGCGGACGAGGAAUCACCGGCGCCUAACCUCAGUCCGAGACAGGACCAGCCACUCCUGCGGCGUCUCACGUCAUCCUUGAGCGCUUCCUCCUCCUCCUCCUCCUCCACCCGUCCCCGCCAACCCACCAACGCCGAGCUCAUAUCCACCUGCCGCUCCUUCCUCGACCGCCUCCAACGCGGCGCCGCCCCUUGGGUCGUCCAGCGCCUCUCCACCACUUACGGCGCCAUGCCCUCCGACCCCGCCCUCUUCUCCUUCUGGGUCGCCCUCGUCCUCCCCAUCGAGGAGCAGGAAAAGGCAAAACUCCUCCCCAUCCGCUCCGCGCGCCUGCGCCUCAUGCUCGUCGUCCACUGGAUCGAGCAGCUCAAUGGAAACUGGUACGCAUGGCUCCGCUUUGUGCUCUUGGUGGGCUGGUGGGAUGGCGGAAGGGGCCCGCUGGUGCCGUGUCUCGUCUGGACGAUGGCGGUGCUGAUCGUUUUUCGUUUGAUUGGCUGGGUUUAG